ACAGCCUGUGAGCAUCAGGCUGAAGGUCAGCUGUAAAGGAGCUGUGAUCAGGCUGCUUCCAGAACCCAGCUGGAGACACCUGAGCUGCUUCUGUCCAAUCAGAUGGAGGCGGUCUGGACAUCUUUCUGUAGUAGAGCAACAUAGAGAUCUGAUGUGAAAUAAACCACAUUUAAUCAUUUAAACUUUUCCCCCAAUUGGAGUUAUUUUUAUGGCAGCCCCUCUGCUCCUCUAACCCCGCCCUCGCCGCCGCCUCUAACCCCGCCCUCGCCGCCGCCCAGCAGACUGAGCCGGUCGGAGCCAUGAAAGCAGCAGAAGAAGGCGAGGAGUCUGGAGGAACCCGGAGGAGGAUUCCCAAACUGAAGAUCUUUGCAAAGAUCUGGAACAACCGCAAAGCCAAGAACCAGGAUGGAGAGGAGCAGCUGGACGGUGUGCAGCAGGAGGAGGAACAACACGAGGAGCAGCUGGAUGAGGUCACCAGGAGGCUGAUCUUCAGGGAGGAGGAGCUCUUCAGCCAGGACGCUCCCAGUGAGGAGGAAGAAGACCAGCUGCAGAAAGACUUUGAAUCUCUGAGUGUGCAGAUCUGGAUGGCUGUCCAUGACACCUUCUCCCCUUCAGCUCCCUCUGGGGAGGUGCUGAGGAAUGCCGUGGACUCCAUCCAGCAGCAGGAGAAGCAGGACCAGCGCUGGAGAGAGCGUCCGAAGGAGAAGGUCCCCGUUUGGAGGCCUCAGAGGUGGCUGAGUUCUCACCACAAGCUGCUGCAGAAGAUGGUGGAGGUCCGACUGUCAGAGGCUGCAGAGAGCGACUCAGCAGGCACCCAGCAGCUGUCCUCUGACGUCAAGAGGCAGGUGUGCCGUAUGGGGAAGCGACUGAAGGAGGACCUCCUGAUGGUGGCCAGGAAGGUGAAGGACUGUUACCCUGUGACCAUGGACAUCCUGAACGUCUACGGCGCCCUCUACCAUCAGACCUUCUCUGCCCGGCUGGCCGCGCUGACGGCCGCCGGCCUGGACAUCGACGACUGCAGCUACGUCCUGUUUUGGGUCAACCACUACUAUCCUGAGGAGAUACUGAAAAACCCAGACCUGGAGGGGCAGAUAAAGACGCCCUGCUUGGGUUCUCUGCUGCUGCAGGACAACCUGAGGGCUCUGGAGGAGCAAUACCUUCUCCACAAAGAGGAGAAGAUCCAGCUGUGGCUCAACACGCUUCUGAAGAAGGAGGAGGAGAACUGGCUGGGCGACAAACACCCAGAACUCAUCGACAGUUAUUACUUCAGCCCGCUGGCCAUCGACAUCAUACAGAUGUUCAACAGCUCCCUGACGGAGUUAGGCUACACUAUCAGCAGCCAGGACAAGGCUCAGAGGCUCACAGUUCAUCUGGAGAACUUUCUCAGCAGCUACAGGAAGUGCGUGGACGAGCUGCUGAAAGCUGCUCCCAGUAACCUGCACACAGUGAUGAAGGCUCAGCUGGUCUGUGAGCAGCAGCUCAGAGAUUACGUGACGGGUCUGAGUGGGGGGGUGUCUGAGGAGCAGCGCCGGCGCUGCCUGGAGGACCUGGCUGCUAUCAGGGCCGCUGGCUACCGCUGCUUCAUCUGGCCUCUCCAUCAACCCAUUAAGGUCCAUCUAAGUAAACUGUGGACGUCUUCCUGGAUGGACGGUUCCUCAUCUGUCAUCGACCCGCUGCUGAACUUCCUGAUCCAGCAGCUGGACCAGCUGUCGGACCUAAAGCCAGCCUGCAAACAGGUUCUGCUAGAGGACCUCCAUCUGGACGUGGUGGUCCAGUACGUGGCGAAGACCAUGAAAGCCAGGAUGAAGAGCAGGCAGCAGCAGGUGGCCGGGUCUCAGCGCGUGGUGGAGGAUGCCCAAAAGAUGGAGAGCUUCUUUAAAGAGCAGGGCUGCGGUGAAACGCUGAGGCUCUCUGAGAUGCUCUGCAGUCUGGCUGAGAUCCUCCGUCUGCAGGAUCCUGCCAGUCUCCACCUGGAGGUCGUCAAUCUGGCCCAAAAGUUCCCAGACUUCAGUGACGCUCACGUCUCGGCGCUGCUGUCCCUGAAGUUUGGCCUGUCAGCUUUGGACAUUCGAUCCAUCAGAGCCAGCGUGGAGGAGAACCGCCCCCCUCAGGCCUCAGCCAAUCAGAGCCCUGCGUUCUUCUCCCGGGUCAAAGUCAAAUGGAUCAAUAAUAAGAUCAACCAAAUGCGGGUCAAGAGUAAAAGUCCUGUAGCUGCUACUUAGCUUAGCAUGUUAGCAGAGGUAGCUAUAGCUUUUAGUUACCGUAGCAUGUUGGCAGAACUAAAUGUUGCUUCUACUUAGCGUUGCAUGUUAGCAGAGGUAGCUGUAACUUCUUGAUGUUAAUCUGCGUUCCUGGACCCAAAGUUCCACAGAACCUCUGGGAACUGUUCUGUGGAUCAGAACUGUCUUCUGGAUCCAAACUGUUCUCUGGAUCCAAACUGUUCUCUGGAUCAGAACUGUUCUCUGGAUCAGAACUGUCUUCUGGAUCGAAACUGUUCUGUGGAUCGGAACUAUUCUCUGGAUCAGAACUGUUCUCUGUUUUGGAACUGUUCUCUGGAUAAUUUCCGUUCUCUGGAUUGGAACUGUUCUCUGGAUCAGUUCCGUUCUCUGGAUUGGAACUGUUCUCUGGAUCAGAACUGUUCUCUGGAUCGAAACUGUUCUCUGGAUCGGAACUGUUCUCUGGAUCAGAACUGUUCUCUGGAUCGAACUGUUCCCUGGAUCAGUUCCGUUCUCUGGAUCAGUUCUGUUCUCUGGAUCAGAACUGUUCUCUGGAUCGAAACUGUUCUCUGGAUUGGAACUGUUCUCUGGAUCAGAACUGUUCUCUGGAUCGAAACUGUUCUCUGGAUCGGAACUGUUCUCUGGAUCAGAACUGUUCUCUGGAUCGAAACUGUUCUCUGGAUCGGACCUGUUCUCUGGAUCAGAACUGUUCUCUGGAUCGAACUGUUCCCUGGAUCAGUUCCGUUCUCUGGAUCAGUUCUGUUCUCUGGAUCAGUUCCGUUCUCUGGAUCAGAACUGUUCUCUGGAUCAGUUCCGUUCUCUGGAUCAGAACUAUUCUCUGGAUCAGUUCCGUUCUCUGGAUUGGAACUGUUCUCUGGAUCAGUUCCGUUCUCUGGAUCGGAACUGUUCUCUUGAUUAGUUCCGUUCUCUGUAUCGGUUCUGUUCUCUGUAUCAGAACUGUUCUCUGGAUCAGUUCCGUUCUCUGGAUCAGAAUUGUUUUCUGGAUCAGAAAUGGUCACUGGAUCAGAACUGUUCUCUGGAUCGGAACUGUUCUCUGGAUCGGAACUGUUCUCUGGAUUGGAACUGUUCUCUGGAUCAGUUCCGUUCUCUGGAUCAGUUCCGUUCUCUGGAUCAGAACUGUUCUCUGGAUCAGUUCUGUUCCCUGGAUUGGAACUGUUCUCUGGAUCAGUUCCGUUCUCUGGAUCAGAACUAUUCUCUGGAUUGGAACUGUUCUCUGGAACAGAACUAUUCUUUGGAUCAGAACUGUUCUCUGGAUCAGUUCCGUUCUCUGGAUCAUAACUGUUCUCUGGAUCGGAAUUGUUCUCUGGAUCAGUUCCGUUCUCUGGAUCGGAACUGUUCUCUGGAUCAGUUCUGUUCUCUGGAUCAGUUCCGUUCUGUGGAUUGGAACUGUUCUCUGGAUCGGAACUGUUCUCUGGAUCAGUUCCGUUCUCUGGAUGAGAACUAUUCUCUAGAUUGGAACUGUUCUCUGGAUCAGACCUGUUCUCUGGAUCGGAACUCUUCUCUGGAUCAGAACUGUUCUCUGGAUCAGUUCUGUUCUCUGGAUCAGUUCUGUUCUCUGGAUCAGUUCCGUUCUCUGGAUCAGAACUAUUCUCUGGAUUGGAACUGUUCUCUGGAACAGAACUAUUCUCUGGAUCGGAACUGUUCUCUGGAUCAGUUCCGUUCUCUGGAUCAGAACUGUUCUCUGGAUUAGUUCCGUUCUCUGGAUCGGAACUGUUCUCUGGAUCAGUUCUGUUCCCUGGAUCAGUUCCGUUCUCUGGAUUGGAACUGUUCUCUCGAUCGGAACUGUUCUCUGGAACAGAACUAUUCUCUGGAUCAGAACUGUUCUCUGGAUCAGUUCUGUUCUCUGGAUCGAAACUGUUCUCUGGAUCGGAACUGUUCUCUGGAUCAGUUCCAUUCUCUGGAUCAGAACUAUUCUCUGGAUUGGAACUGUUCUCUGGAACAGAACUAUUCUCUGGAUCAGAACUGUUCUCUGGAUCAGUUCUGUUCUCUGGAUCGAAACUGUUCUCUGGAUCGGAACUGUUCUCUGGAUCAGUUCCGUUAUCUGGAUCAGAACUAUUCUCUGGAUUGGAACUGUUCUCUGGAACAGAACUAUUCUCUGGAUCAGAACUGUUCUCUGGAUCAGUUCCGUUCUCUGGAUCAGAACUAUUCUCUGGAUUGGAACUGUUUUCUGGACCAGAACUAUUCUCUGGAUCAGAACUGUUCUCUGGAACAGAACUAUUCUCUGGAUCAGAACUGUUCUCUGGAUCAGUUCUGUUCUCUGGAUCGAAACUGUUCUCUGGAUCGGAACUGUUCUCUGGAUCAGUUCCGUUAUCUGGAUCAGAACUAUUCUCUGGAUUGGAACUGUUCUCUGGAACAGAACUAUUCUCUGGAUCAGAACUGUUCUCUGGAUCAGUUCCGUUCUCUGGAUCAGAACUAUUCUCUGGAUUGGAACUGUUUUCUGGACCAGAACUAUUCUCUGGAUCAGAACUGUUCUCUGGAUCAGUUCCGUUCUCUGGAUUGGAACUGUUCUCUGGAUCGGAACUGUUCUCUGGAUCAGUUCCGUUCUCUGGAUCAGUUCCGUUCUCUAGAUCAGAACUGGUCACUGGAUCGGAACUGUUCUCUGGAUCAGUUCCGUUCUCUGGAUCAGAACUGUUCUCUGGAUCAGUUCCGUUCUCUGGAUCAGUUCCGUUCUCUAGAUCAGAACUGGUCACUGGAUCGGAACUGUUCUCUGGAUCAGUUCCGUUCUCUGGAUCAGAACUGUUCUCUGGAUCAGUUCCGUUCUCUGGAUCAGAACUGUUCUGCAGAGAUGUUGGUUUGAAGCUAAUCCCCCAUCCAGUGUUUUUCUGAUCCGAUCUGGUACUGAUCGGAUGCUGGUUGGAGAGAAUGGAGCUGACCAUGUGACUGAUGGUGUCAGGGUGGGUAUAGAUAUUGUUAAAUAGAUUAGCACUGAACUGAAUAUUAUUUAUUAACAGUUGAUUAGCAGCAGAAAUCAGAGCAGGUGAAGAUGAUGGAUGAAACAUGGCGUCUGCCUGGAUCUGCUGUCUGUGGUUCGCUGUAACUCCACUGCUGUGUGGCGUUACUACGGAAACAGAUCGAUUCAGCUGAUGAAUCAGUGAAUCUCUGCUGCUGAUGCAUCUUUACAGGAACAGGUAUACCUGUCGGCGUUCCCGUGAACUGAUUCCUUCCUGCAGCUCUCCUGCUAAGCCGCCAUGUUUGGUUUUCUGCUGUCGGUCAGAAUGUGAGGCGGCUCAUCCUCCGUCUGCAGAAAUGCUGGAAAUGUUUAGAUUCAGGGACUCAUCGGAGAUCGGGUGUGCAGAUUAUUCGAUGCAGUCAGAAUCUUUGCUUGUUGAUUUUCUCUGCAGGCUGAUCGUUUUAAAUAAAGGCGGGAUGUUGUUUUAGUUUUUAUUUGUUUUCUUAGUGAGAAAUUAUGAUGUUAUAUUUCCUGUUAGCUUCAGCUGCUGAUCUAUGGAGGUCAGCCUCCCUCCUCCUCUAAGAAGCACCAACAUCCUGAGGUUUACCUUCUGGACCUUUAAUGAUGCAGAGAGGAUUCAUGUCUGUUUUUAUCAUGACCUCAUCAUGACCUCAUCCACCCUAACCAACCUCUGAAUCUGUGACAAACUAACAGGGACGUCCAGGAACAGUUGAUCUUGGUGGAUUUUUAACCUUCGCUGUUGGAAAAAUCAACCACAGCCUCUUUGAUCUGCCUCUGCAGCAGAUCCAUCUAUAGAUCAGUCUAUAGAGCCAUCUAUAGAUCAGUGAAUAGAUCAGUCUAUAGAGCCAUCUAUAGAUCAGUGAAUAGAUCUGAGGAACAGGAUCCCAGGAUACUGGAGGCAGAUGGGUGAAGGGGAGCAACAGGUGGAACAUGAAAUAAAGGGUGAAGGGCAGCAGGAACCAAUCCAACAAUGCAGAAAUAAUGACUUAGAAAGUCAAGACAAAACCACCAUUAACUAAACCGCCACUAACUAAACCAGACUAACUAACCCAGACUAACUAAACCAAAACCAAACUUGCAGUUUCAUGAACAAUGCUAAAUAAUAAUAAUGUUCCAAAGCCUGAAAAGCUUCCUGGUUAAAAGCUUUAAAAUGAGGAAAGGAAAUGAUCAUUGAAAAAAAAAACACAGAACCAGAAAGAUUGGAGUGGCUAAAUGCUGCCCUCUGCUGGUGAAAGGCAUUAUUUAUUAUGUAUUUAUUUAUCCACCUGUAGCUCUUUGAACAUUGCUGAACUUCUAUUAAACAUAUUCAUCCAAAUCAA